GAAAGCGGACGUGCUCCGGUCGGAGGUGUGUUCAUAGCCCGGAGGGGGCUCGGGAUUGCGGAAGUAUCGUGAGGAGGGUCCGGCGGCUAGGAGCGUGGAGGGUUGUUUUGCUGGUUCCCGAACUGAGGCCGCUGUUCUGGGUCCGAGAGCCCCAGCCUCUCGAAGUUUGCGGCUGUUACACGGGCUUCGCCCCUGUUGGCGCUUCUCGCCCCGCGUUACUCCUCAGAGAGCCACUUUGGAUCCCCGCCAUGGCAUCUGCUGGGGCCAACCUUCAGAAAGCAAUAGAUCUUGCUAGCAAAGCAGCACAAGAAGACAAAGCUGGGAAUUACGAGGAAGCCCUUCAACUCUAUCAACAUGCUGUACAGUAUUUUCUCCAUGUAAUUAAAUAUGAAGCACAGGGUGAUAAAGCCAAGCAGAGUAUUAGGGCAAAGUGUACAGAAUAUCUUGAUAGAGCAGAGAAACUGAAGGAAUAUCUGAAGAAGAAGGAGAAAAAACCACAGAAGCCAGUAAAAGAGGGACAGCCAAGUCCAGCUGAUGAGAAGGGGAAUGACAGUGAUGGGGAAGGAGAAUCUGAUGAUCCUGAAAAAAAGAAACUACAGAAUCAACUUCAAGGUGCCAUUGUUAUAGAGCGACCAAAUGUGAAAUGGAGUGAUGUUGCUGGUCUUGAAGGAGCAAAAGAAGCACUUAAAGAGGCUGUGAUAUUGCCGAUUAAAUUUCCUCAUCUUUUUACAGGCAAAAGGACCCCUUGGAGAGGAAUCCUAUUAUUUGGCCCACCUGGAACAGGAAAAUCCUAUUUAGCCAAAGCUGUAGCAACAGAAGCAAACAACUCAACAUUUUUUUCAAUAUCUUCCUCUGACCUUGUUUCUAAGUGGCUAGGUGAAAGUGAAAAACUAGUUAAGAACUUAUUCCAGCUUGCCAGAGAGAACAAGCCUUCUAUUAUUUUCAUUGAUGAAAUUGACUCUCUCUGUGGUUCAAGAAGUGAAAAUGAAAGUGAAGCUGCACGAAGAAUUAAGACUGAGUUCCUGGUUCAAAUGCAAGGGGUUGGUGUGGACAAUGAUGGAAUUUUGGUUCUGGGAGCUACAAAUAUACCCUGGGUUCUGGAUUCUGCCAUUCGACGAAGAUUUGAGAAACGAAUUUAUAUUCCUUUGCCGGAAGCCCAUGCCCGAGCAGCAAUGUUUAAAUUACACUUGGGCGCCACUCAAAAUAGCCUUACAGAAGCUGAUUUCCGAGAUCUUGGGAAGAAAACCGAUGGCUACUCAGGAGCAGAUAUAAGCAUCAUUGUACGUGAUGCACUUAUGCAACCUGUUAGAAAAGUGCAGUCAGCUACGCAUUUCAAAAAGGUUCGUGGACCUUCCCAAGCUGAUCCUAACAGCAUUGUAGAUGAUCUGCUGACACCGUGCUCUCCAGGCGAUCCCGGUGCCAUUGAAAUGACAUGGAUGGAUGUCCCUGGAGAUAAACUUCUGGAACCAGUUGUUUCCAUGUCGGAUAUGUUACGGUCGCUAUCGAAUACAAAACCUACAGUCAAUGAACAUGACUUGUUGAAGUUAAAGAAGUUUACAGAAGAUUUUGGCCAAGAAGGCUAAACCAAAGACAACAAGGAAGACGUUUACCAUAUGUAUUCUUUCUUUUCAUAGAUACUUUUGCCUUUCUUGGGUGGCAUCCAAUUAUUUCCAGUUAAGCUCUUGUACUACAGGGAAAUAUACAUCUCACUUCAGAUUCCUUUAAGUUUUAUACUAUACUUUCCUCCAUUACUUAUUAAAUACUCCAACUAACAAAAAUUGUAAAAUAAUGCAUUUAUAAGGAAAUGAGUAAAAUGUAAAUGGCAUGAAACUAGAAAUUACCCAGUAAAAAGAAUAUUGAACAUUGAUUGACACAAAUAUUUAGAAUUUUUUAUGAGUGGUGGACUUAGCAAAGAGCAUUUGACUUUUUUUUUUAAUAAAAUGAAAUAGGGCUUUAUAUUUUGAAAAUAAAUUGUUGAACAUUCUUAUCAAUGUGAAAUUUACUUCAUUAAAAAAUUUGAAAUAAUAGAAACUUUACUCUCAGGGAUGGGCAAUAAAACAAUAAAGAGUACUGUGGUUGGUUUAGAAAGAUUUUGAAUUGUGUUAUAGCCAGUGCUCUUAUUGAUUUUAAUAGGUUGAUUUUUUUUUUCUGUAUAGAUUAAAGUAAUUUCUUUAAAGAAAGCAAGAUUUUGUAUUUAACUAAAUGAUUCCUUUCACUGUGCGAUCUCAAGAGAAAGACUUUCUAAAUUAGGCAUUGUCUUUACCUUGAAGAAUAAAAUUGUCAAUCCCAUUGUCUUUUUGUAGCAAGAUUGACCAAAACAGGUGGUAAAUAAGUAUGAAUUUUUAAAAUUACUGUCAUAAAAUACUGUAAUGGGAAUCUUUACCAAUAAGAAAGUGGCCUCCCUUUGGAUUAUGGGAAGUUUCCUGUGUGUGAUGUGGGUGUGUACAUAUAUAUGUAUAUAUAUAUAAAUUUUUUAAAAAAUAUAAAGUAACAGGGGUCUUGUCUUUCAUCCUUUAAGUUCAGGAAACAGUUUGUCCUUGAAAGAUAUAUGUUAUCAGUGUAACACUUAUGAACCUUUAGAAAUGAACUGAUGUUCAUAUAAUAAAAUAUAAACAUGAUAAUAAUGUUUUUCCAAAAUCUUCAAAUAAAUAUUCUGAAGGUAUGUGUUACACACUUCAGCAUCAACACUAAGUUGUGCCUUGUACAUUUGCAUUGAUCAUAUAUGCAAAAGAUUAUUAAAUUAGCUAGAAUGAGGUAGAGUCCUUAAUUACUAUAAAUUCUACCUUGCAAAUGCUAUAUAGUAACUUGCAUUUUAAAGUAUUUUUGCACAUUUUACAUAUUAUGCUAUGGGUUUUACAUAUUAUGCCUUUGGGUUUUCUGUACAGAUUGUUUUUGUUGAUAUUAAAUAGAAAUCAUAGGCCCAAAAUACGCUGUUCUUAUGUGAAGUAAAUUGAUGUAAUCUCUAUUGACUAUA